GCGGCGGCGGCUGGCCGCUCUGAGUCGUAGAAGCCGGAUCGGGGGAGGGGCUGGGCCCCGGAGGCAGCACCUGGCGGCCCUCAGCCCUGCCCGCAGCCAGGGCAAGGUAACGGCCACGGGGUCCCUGUCGUGACCCGCUCUGGCCCCGUCUCGAGCCCUCAGCAUCACAGGCUCCGCCCCGCCGACCCCCGGGCGCCCCGGACCCCGGCCCUAGACGGACGAGAUCCCCAACCUCCUGAAGCGCUCUGGCCCCGGAUUCUCCCGGGCCCCAUCCUCCGCUCCUCCUCGCCUACGAAGCAUCCUGACUGCUUCCCAGCGCUGAGGGCAGCCCCAUCCCAGGGCUGUAGCUCUGCCAAUGAUCCCUUGAGUACUGGGGAGUCACUGUUGCCCUUGGGGCACUUGUCCUGGAGUGGCCACCUGCCUGCUCCCAGCAUGGCGUCUGAUACGCCCGAGUCCCUGAUGACCCUCUGUACUGACUUCUGCCUACGCAACCUGGAUGGCACCCUGGGCUACCUGCUGGAUAAGGAGACCCUGCGGCUACAUCCAGACAUCUUCUUGCCCAGCGAGAUCUGUGACCGGCUGGUCAAUGAGUAUGUGGAGCUGGUCAAUACCGCCUGCACCUUCGAGCCACACGAGAGCUUCUUCAGCCUCUUCUCCGACCCCCGCAGUACUCGCCUCACUAGGAUCCACCUCCGUGAGGACCUGGUGCAGGACCAGGAUCUGGAGGCUAUUCGCAAGCAGGACCUGGUUGAGCUGUACCUGACCAAUUGUGAGAAGCUGUCCGCCAAGAGCCUGCAGACAUUGCGGAGUUUCAGCCACACCCUGGUGUCCUUGAGCCUCUUCGGCUGUGCCAACAUUUUCUACGAGGAGGAGAACCCGGGGGGCUGUGAAGACGAGUGCCUCGUCAACCCCACCUGCCAGGUGCUGGUGAAGGACUUCACCUUCGAGGGCUUUAGCCGCCUGCGCUUCCUCAACCUGGGCCGCAUGAUCGAUGGGGUCCCUGUGGAGUCACUGCUACGGCCGCUCAACUCUCUGGCCGCCUUGGACCUCUCAGGCAUUCAGACGAGUGACGCCGCCUUCCUAACCCAGUGGAAGGACAGCCUGGUGUCCCUUGUGCUCUACAACAUGGACCUUUCAGAUGACCACAUCCGUGUCAUUGUCCAGCUGCACAAGCUGCGACACCUAGACAUCUCCCGAGACCGCCUCUCCAGCUACUACAAGUUCAAGCUGACCCGGAAGGUGCUGAGCCUCUUUGUACAAAAGCUUGGGAACCUAAUGUCCCUGGACAUCUCUGGUCACAUGAUCCUGGAGAACUGCAGCAUUUCCAAGAUGGACGAGGAAGCUGGGCAGACCAGCAUCGAGCCUUCCAAGAGCAGCAUCAUGCCUUUCCGGGCUCUGAAGAGGCCACUGCAGUUCCUCGGGCUCUUUGAGACCUCCCUGUGUCGCCUCACACACAUUCCCGCCUACAAAGUAAGUGGUGACAAAAAUGAGGAGCAGGUGCUGAACGCCAUCGAGGCCUAUACGGAGCACCGGCCUGAGAUCACCUCGCGGGCCAUCAACCUGCUUUUUGACAUUGCACGAAUUGAACGCUGCAAUCAGCUUCUGAGGGCCUUGAAGCUGGUCAUCACUGCCCUCAAGUGCCACAAAUAUGACAAGAACAUUCAGGUGACAGGCAGCGCUGCACUCUUCUACCUGACCAAUUCCGAAUAUCGCUCAGAGCAGAGUGUCAAGCUGCGCCGGCAGGUCAUCCAGGUGGUGCUGAAUGGCAUGGAAUCCUACCAGGAGGUGACGGUGCAGCGGAACUGCUGCCUGACCCUCUGCAACUUCAGCAUCCCCGAGGAGCUGGAGUUCCAGUACCGCCGGGUCAAUGAACUGCUGCUCAGCAUUCUCAACCCCACCCGGCAGGAUGAGUCCAUCCAGCGCAUCGCCGUGCACCUGUGCAACGCCCUGGUCUGCCAGGUGGACAAUGACCACAAGGAAGCCGUGGGCAAGAUGGGCUUUGUCGUGACUAUGCUGAAGCUGAUCCAGAAGAAGCUGCUGGACAAGAUAUGUGACCAGGUGAUGGAGUUUUCCUGGAGCGCCCUGUGGAACAUCACAGAUGAGACGCCUGACAACUGCGAGAUGUUCCUCAAUUUCAAUGGCAUGAAGCUCUUCCUCGACUGUCUGAAGGAAUUCCCAGAAAAGCAGGAACUGCAUCGAAAUAUGCUGGGACUCUUGGGGAAUGUGGCAGAGGUGAAGGAGCUGCGGCCUCAGCUAAUGACUUCCCAGUUCAUCAGCGUCUUCAGCAACCUGCUGGAGAGCAAGGCUGAUGGCAUCGAGGUUUCCUACAACGCCUGUGGUGUCCUCUCCCACAUCAUGUUUGACGGCCCCGAGGCCUGGGGCGUCUGUGAGCCGCAGCGGGAGGAGGUGGAGGAGCGCAUGUGGGCAGCCAUCCAGAGCUGGGACAUCAACUCCCGGAGGAAUAUCAACUACAGGUCCUUUGAGCCAAUUCUCCGCCUCCUUCCCCAGGGCAUCUCUCCUGUCAGCCAGCACUGGGCAACCUGGGCCCUGUACAACCUCGUGUCUGUCUACCCCGACAAGUACUGCCCCCUGCUGGUCAGAGAAGGUGGAAUGCCCCUUCUGAGGGACGUGAUCAAGAUGGCAACUGCAAGGCAGGAGACCAAGGAAAUGGCCCGCGCUGCAUGGCCCCUGUUGACCAGCUGCGGGUCUCCAGGACCCACCGCACCCUCCAACCCUCUCCCCCCUGUCUGCAGCAAGGUGAUUGAGCACUGCAGCAACUUUAAAGAGGAGAACAUGGACACGUCCAGAUAGAGAUCUCAGCCCGCAGACACCACUGCUCGGACCACAGGCCCGGAGCAGCCUCACGUGGCCCAGCUGGCAGGUCCCUCCAGGAGCCUCCCACGUGACAAAGACAGAGGGGACUUUUGCACAACCGACGCUUUUCCUUAACAUUAGUGAGAUAUAUAUAUUAUAUAUAUAUAUACAUAUAUAUAUAUAUAUUAUUUUUUUGGUUAGGAAGUGUGAAGUUUUGUGUGUAUGAUUUCUGUACAAAAACAAAAGAAACCUCCCUGAAUUCUUGCCACUUCCUUGGCCAUUCUCACCCUGACUCCAAGCCUUCAUUGCUGCCACACUCACUCCUACCCCAGCCAGACUACAUGCCUCUAACGUUGUGAGUGUCCCAUCCUUUCCUGGUGACCUCAACCCUGGCCGGCCUCCCAUCUGUCUGGAGAGGAGUCCGCGUGGGUCAGCCUGCUCCAGCAUCCUAAGCCACACACCCAGGCCUGACAACCCCACUGGGCUCCUGGGCAUGGCUGAUGGAGUGUGGGGAUUAAAACUGUCCCCACUGGGUCUCCCAGAAGCCUUGGUGCUCCCAGCUGUGGGCCAUCAGGGGCAGGACAGUGAGUAGCUCCCAGGCCUAGGGCCAGGCUGCCCCGCUCCUGAGGCCCCACCCUCUGGCCAGGCCUGCUGCGGCCAUGCUGCUAUGGAGACUGCUUCUGCGUCUCCCACCAGGCCCCAGGCUGUUGAAGGCCCCAGCCCAGGGAUGGCCAGAACUCGGGGGCAGAUUCUACUGCCCCUUCUGCCAAACACAUCCCAUUCCUGCCCAGCUCUGGAAGCCAGCACCUUCUGGGGCCAGGGCCUUGCUCCCAGUCUUCACAGCCCUCAUUUGCCCAUAAGCUCCCAAGGUGCCCAGGCACCCCCACCAGCAGAACUGAACCUGCCUCAUUCACCCCUGCCUGCCCGCUGCCCAGAGGACCCCACACCUCUCCGAGGCAGGAGGUCCCCACUUUAGCCCUUCACAGUGGCAGCAGGCAGCCACCUCCAGACCAGCACUGGGACAGGCUGUACCUGGGAAACCUCUGUGCUGUGUUGUAGACCCCAUGAGAGGCUGCUGCGUCUCCACACCUUGUGUACCCCCUGCUCCAACUCGGAGUUGCUUCUCAUCGGACAUACGGGUGGCGGGCCACGGGGAACAAGAGACCUGGGGCAGAGCCAACCCUGGAGGCGGCCUUCCUCCUUGGCCCUGUUUUGGAUUCUCCUGGCUUUUCUACCUCCAGGUAGAGCAGACCAGGCAGCCUUAGGGAGACGUGACUGGCCCUUUUCUCCCUGAGUCUUUCCCUCCAGGCCCUGGGAAGGGGGCUCACCCCUGUUCCCUCCAGUGAGGCAGAUGGCCACCUUGGCCCCUUCCUUCCAUCCCAGGCCCCAACAGCCCCAGCUAGACCGGGGCAGAGCUCACUCAUAUCGCAUUGCUUUCUCAGCCUGGGGCCCGGGGAAAUGUCUGUACUUUGGGAUGUCACAGAAAUACAUUUUUGUGCAAAGUGCAGCAGAA